AUGGAAAAAGCUGUUAGUUUGGACCAUCGAUACCCUGCUACUCACCGUGAUGCGUUCUGUAUUCCUAGCUAUGGGUCGAUGGGUUUGAAAAGCGAUGGGGCAAAUCAAUCUGAUUAUUCUCCAGUCACUUAUCUAUGUGGUAAUUCUCUAGGAUGCAUGCCAAAAUCUACAAGAAAUGCCAUCAAUAAAGAGCUGGAUGCAUGGGCCGAUCGUGCGGUGGAAUCGCAUUUCCGGCAUUCUGGAGAACAGCAGGGAUUCACUUCUUGGAUGGAUAUCGACUUGCCGUUGUCCAAUCUGCUUCCGUCGUUGGUAGGUGCUUUGGAAUCCGAAGUAGCGGUUAUGGGAUCUUUAACGGCAAAUCUUAAUGCUCUCAUGGUUUCUUUUUAUCGUCCCACGUCUAAAAAAUACAAAAUUCUGUGCGAGAAAGGUGCUUUCCCAUCAGACUUUUACGCCUUCUACAACCAAUGUGCACUCCACAAGGUUGAUCCAGACGAAGCUCUCAUAAGGCUGGAGGCUCGUGAGGGCGAAUCGUAUUUACGUACAGACGACAUCAUCAGAGCGAUAAGCGAUCAUCAUGAAGAACUCGCUCUAGUUUGCUUGCCAGGCGUCCAAUACUACACAGGCCAAUGGUUCGACAUGGAGAAGAUAACCAGAUUUGCUCACCAAUUUAAAGAUGUUGUGGUUGGGUGGGACCUGGCACACGCAGUUGGCAACGUUCCACUGGCGUUACACGACUGGGGUGUAGAUUUCGCAUGUUGGUGCUCUUACAAGUAUUUGAAUUCCGGUCCUGGUGCCAUAGCAGGUAUUUUCGUGCACGAGAAACACAGCCAAGUGGGAUCAUUAGGUAACGGUCGCUAUUUGCCACGUAUGGCCGGCUGGUGGGGCAACAACAGAGAGCGAAGAUUUCAGAUGAAGGAAGUCUUUGAGCCGAUAUCUGGAGCUCUAGGGUUUCGUCAAUCCAACCCUAGCGUUAUCGACGUCGUAGCGUUGAAGUCGUCACUUGAAAUUAUUCAAGAUUUCGGUGGUAUCAAUGCUCUGAGAGAAAGAUCGCUAUUGCUGACGAACUACCUUGUCGAACUUUUAACAGCAUCGCCAAACUACUACAAAAAUUUGCCAAAGAAGGUCUCUUCGGCAGGAUUUACCAUCCUCACCCCAUUGGCAGAGCAAGAACGUGGUGCUCAGCUGUCUUUAUUGUUCUUCCCACAUCAUGACGAUCGAAAGCUGGACACAAUGGAAAGAGUGUUCGACUACUUGAACGAGCGAGGUGUGAUUGUUGAUGAACGCCGUCCUGAUGUGAUUAGAAUCGCUCCUGUCCCGCUUUACAACACUUUCCAGGACGUCUUCAGAGUAGUUACGUUACUAGACGAAGCUAUCAAAUCUAUUGCAUAA